CUUACGCUCCAUCCUUAUAUUCUUACAUCCAUGGUAUAAACGCAACAUAACGUAAAAACAACCAUCUUAUAUUUACCUGUUUUUCAAUAUAUAAAAGGAGGUAUAAGAUCAUUGAACUGAGAUGUAACAAUUUACAAGUGAUAGUAUCUGAAUAAAUUAUAGAAUAUUAUAUAAGAUAAACCUGUUCCUACAGAACUUCAAUAAAUUACCAGGUUGGAAUUAAUAAAUACUGUGAAUAUAUAAUCUACUGUGCUAUUCUUAUUUAUAUAGUUUUUUGAUGCAAACCAUAUUGUAUAUACAAGAUGUGUUCCUUAGGAAUAAAUUCUAUAUACAAUAUCAUAUUUUUCUUAACUUUUGUUAAUACUAUAUAUGGCAAAGAAGUCGCAGAAGAAUUUGUGACACAACUUAAACUUAAAAAUAUUUUCAAUCAAAAAGAAAGUGAACAAGUUUAUGCAGGUGAAGAUAAAAAUAAUAUAAAAACAAGUGCUGAAGAAACGACAAAUAUUACCAGUGCUAUUUCAACAAAUAUUACUAAAGUUAAUUGUUCAUUGGAGAAGAUAUAUGGUCCUGUUGAGAUUGUUAACGCAACAAGGCUUAUGGAGUUAUUGAUUUUGGAACCUGGUCCAUCAAAUCGUUCAAGAAACGGCAAAGAGAGUAAGCACUUGCCAGGAACAUGUAUUUUAGUGUUAUUUUACGCUAGAUCGUGUGUCUUUAGCAGUCAAGCUGCACCACAUUUCAAUGCUAUACCUCGAUCAUUUCCUCAUAUAAAAGCUGUGGCUAUUGAUGCUAUAAAACAUCAAAGUUUUAAUGCACAAUAUGGAAUAGUUGGGGUGCCAACAUUGAUGCUGGUUCAUAAUGGCAAACCUAUUGCUAAAUUCAACGACACAAUUUAUACUUUGGAAUCGUUUGCCAAAUUUACAUCUCACUUGACGAAUUUGCAGCCAAACGGUUCAUUAUAUGUUACUUCGGCAGAUUUCAUCGGACCAGUCUCAAAUGUACCUUCUAAUGAGACAGACUAUUGUCUUGUUCUGUCAUGGAUUUUCAAUAUUGCUUGCAUGUUAUAUUUCAUGUCACGCAGUAGGUGGUGGCAGCAAUUCGUCGAGGUUAUUCAGAACACUUGGCGUGAAAGCAAUGCUCAGCAUGAACAUGUUGACUAGAGUAUAAGUUUUUCCACUAAUUUAAGAAUUACCUUUAAUUGUCUUGUUCAAACUUUGUAAACAUGUAAAUAGAAAAAGUAAUUAGUAUUUUAUGUGAAUAGUUGAAAAUCUGGAAUUCUUUUAAAAUAUAUAUCAAGUUAUAAUGAUUA